AUGGAGCGCAUCCCCAGCGCGCAGCCCCCGCCCGGCUGCCUGGGCAAGCUGCCCGCCCUGGAGAGCGGAGACCUGCCCGGGCUGGACUUCGCGCACAUGUACCAGGUGUACAAGCCCCGGAGGGGCUUAAAGAGGAGCGAGGACAACAAGGAGACCUACAAGCUGCCGCACCGGCUGAUCGAGAAGAAGAGGCGCGACAGGAUCAACGAGUGCAUCGCGCAGCUGAAGGACCUGCUGCCCGAGCACCUCAAGCUGACGACUCUAGGUCACCUGGAGAAGGCUGUGGUUCUGGAGCUCACCUUGAAGCACGUGAAGGCACUGACCAAUCUCAUCGAGCAGCAGCAGCAGAAGAUCAUCGCUUUGCAGAACGGUUUGCAGGCGGGUGACCUGUCAUCGAGAAACCUCGAUUCCAGCCAGGAAAUGUUUCGAUCCGGUUUCCAGAUGUGUGCCAAGGAAAUGCUGCAAUACCUGGCAAAGCAUGAGAACGGCAAGGAGCUGAAGUCGUCGCAGCUGGUCAGCCACCUGCACCGGAUGGCCAGCGAGGUGCUGCAGGGCGGGGCGGCCCGCAAGGCCGGGGACAUCCCUCCCAAAAUGCUGGACCUGAAGGAGAAGCCGGCGCCUCUGGGCGCGGCGGGCGAGGGCCACGGGAAGAACUGCGUGCCCGUGAUCCAGCGGACAUUCGCUCACUCCAGCGGGGAGCAGAGCGGCAGCGACACGGACACGGACAGCGGGUACGGGGGAGAGCUGGACAAAAGCGACUCCAAAUCGGAACAGCCCUAUUUCAAAAAGGAUACCGACCUCAAGUACGCUGUCCAGGAGAGAAUAAGCUCUAUUAAGCAAGAGACUGAGGACCCGCCGGCCAAAAGGAGCAGGCUGGAGUCGCCGCAGGACGAGGGCCCUUUUGGCAGUGACAUGAUGGGCUCUGCCAGCAGCUUCCUGGGCCCCCACGCUCACCAGCCUCCCCUGUGCCUGCCUUUCUACCUGAUCCCGCCGUCCGCCACCGCCUACCUGCCCAUGCUGGAGAAGUGCUGGUACCCGGCCUCGGUUCCCGUGCUGUACCCCAGCCUGCCGGCCUCUGCCGCGGCACUGACGGGCUUCAUGAACCCCGACAAAAUCUCCCCCCCUCUGCUGAUGCCCCAGAGACUCCCUUCUCCUGUACCGGCCCAUUCCCCCAUCGACUCCUCGGCUCUGCUUCAAGCUUUGAAGCAGAUUCCUCCUUUGAACUUGGAAACCAAAGACUGA